AUGUCCGGCGACGUUCGUGCACGGUUUGGCGAGCACAUCCUCCAAGAUGACUACGUAGCGAAGAAGCGUGCUGAGUACGAUGCAAGUGGGCCAUACCACCACUCGGUGGUGCAUGGACUAGUGAAUGAAGACCUGCUGAAGCGUGCGAGAAACGAGAUCGUCGAGGAGCUGCACUUCACCGAGAAGGAGACUGACAUAUAUAAGGUCAAUCAGACAGGUGACCUGGCGAAUCUCGAUGGCCUGUCAGAGGAAGAGGCAGGGCGACUCAAGUCGUUGAUGGAGCUUCGCAACGCCAUUUACUCGGACGAAUUCCGUGAUUGGAUCCGUCGCGUUACGGGAUGCGGGCCAUUGAGUGCGAAGAAAAAGGAUAUGAGCAUCAACGACUAUCGGCACGGGUGCCAUCUUUUGAAUCACGAUGAUGUGAUCUCGACACGCCGCGUGUCGUACAUUUUGUACUUGCCAGACCCUGCUGAGCCGUGGCAGCCAGAAUGGGGUGGUGCCUUGGAGCUGUAUCCAGUGAAAGAGGCACAUGUGCCGGAUGAUGUGCCAUCGCACAUUGUGCCACCGCAUUGGAAUCAGUUCAGUUUCUUCGAAGUACAACCCGGCCACUCGUUCCACAGUGUCGAAGAAGUGGUGCACCCAACCAUGUCGCGCUUGAGUUUGUCAGGCUGGUUCCAUCGCCUGCAGCCGGAUGAGCCUGGCUUCUCGCCAGAAGAAGAAGAGCGUGAGCUGCGAGCAGAGAAGGAAUUCAGCUCUGUCGGCAGCUUGACGUCGAAGAAAUUCAUGAGCACGUUUGAUGAGUACGCUGAAGACAAGUAUGGCACACCUCCGCUCCCGGGCACAGGUCUGUCAUCUGAACACACGCGCUUCCUUGCGCACUUCCUGAAUCCGGCAUAUUUGACGGCGAAAAUCCAAGCGACUCUCUUCGAGAAGUUUGGCGACGACUCGCAUCUGCUACUCUCGGACUUUUUGCGCAAGGAUAUCGCCGAGAACAUUGAGCGUGUGCUCCGAACGAAGGACGAAGACGAUGGCUUUGUUUGGUGGCACGGCGAGAAGGAGCAACGUGUUGGCUUUGAUGCGGUGCGAAUCCAGCCGCAUGGCGUCGGCACGAAUCGCGCGCGGACCCCCAGUGACGAGGACCGCCGCUGGAUCCUUGCUGGGCCACCGCAUCGUGAACGCUUUGCCACUUUGCAGUCCGCCUGCACGCCGUCAGAUGCUCCCGUAAUCGACUACGCGGCGAAUCCACCGUCACCAUUUGUCCCCAUGCCAACGAGUCCUGCGGAUCUGCUCCAUGUGUUGACACAUCAGCUGUUCCCGUCGGCGGCGUUCCGCCACAUCAUUGCGAACAUGACGCAAUUGAUUCCCAUUGCUGCGCGGCCUAUCCGUGCACGCCGCUUCCGACCUGGUCUUGAUUACACACUUGCACGCUCGGAUGACGAGACGACGUGUUGGGCAGCGCUGAACAGGCGGUUAAGCAUACGGCGCGGCCCCAAAGGGCUUGCUGGUAAGCGAAAGGCGUCUGGCACGAGUCAGGUCGUGUCCAAAGGAGUCAUGAGCAAGAAGGAUCGCGAUAUGUUGCAGGGCAUGUGGGAUCGCGGUGACAUUGGCGGCUGGGAGUGCUACUUAGCACCGCACGAGGGCGAAGAGGAUCCUGCCGUAUACCAGAGUGCAGCGUCGCGACGUGCGCAGCGGGAGAUGAACGAAGGCGCGAAAGCGUCUGAUGAGACUCUCGCGUCAGAGAAGAAGGCCGACGAGGAUGUUGUGCAAGAGGACGACCAGGAUGAAGAGUUUGAAGACAUGGAUGAAGACGAUGAUGAUGAUGACGACGACGACUUUGAUGGCGUACUUCUGAAUGUGACUCCGUCGUUCAACUCGCUGAACAUUGUGCUCCGUGAUGAGGGCGUGAUGCGAUUUGUCAAGUACUUGGGUGCGAGUGCCGGCGGAAGCCGCUGGGAUAUUGCCGCUGAGUAUACGGUGGGAGCAGCUGAAAUGGAAGAGGAUGAACAGGGUAGCAAAGGAGGCGAAUCAUCGAAGCAGGAGGGAGCAUAA